AUGAUAGUGACUCUCCAAUAUGUGGUUUUAUUGCAGUUAUCAAUGUUCAAUUCACAGGAUAACAAGUCAGAACCUUCCCUGUCAGCACAUUUAUUGGAGUCUGCUUCUGAGGUAGUUGAAUCUAACAAGCAGUGUUGUGUUGAAAGUGAUACUGGUAAAGUGAUUGGAGCUAGCCUUCCUGCAAAACAGGAGAUUGGUGCUAGCCUUCCUGCAAAACAGGAGAUUGGUGCUAGCCUUCCUGCAAAACAGGAGAUUGGUGCUAGCCUUCCUGCAAAACAGGAGAUUGGUGCUAGCCUUCCUGCAAAACAGGAGAUUGGUGCUCGCCUUCCUGCAAAACAGGAGAUUGGUGCUGUUGAAGAUCUUCCACCUGUUGCUCCUAAGGAGGAGUCUUUGACAUCACCCACAAAUUCUGAGAAAGAAAUAUCUGUAAAGUCACCAUUAUUGGGAGAAUUUGAUCCCCUUUGCUGUGAGUCACCAUCAAACGAAUUGAAGGAAACCAACACAGAAUCAACACCUAUUGAUACUGCAGAAUCUAAGACAGAAGAUUCAGCUCCAACUUUAAAUUCAGAGUCUGAGAAUAUCGCUCCUGUUGAUACAGUACAGCUGCAAGAGUUUUUGGAACCAGGCGUGCAUGAGCUGUUAAUUGAACCUAAUGACAAAAUAGCUUCUGACACUGUUAAGGUACUGCCAGAGAAACACCAGUCUGAACCAGAAUCUUGCAUAGAAGAUAUAGAUGACCCAAGGUCAACAGAGGUCAAUGAUUUAGCUGAUCUGUUACAACAGUUAACAGUUUCAGUUGAACAAGAAGUCCAGGAGAAAGAACAAAUAGUUUCAGACGUGUCUGAGGUAACUGCUCCAGAUAUACUGCAAGGUAUAGCAAGACCUACUGUUGAGUCGGAGAAUACUUGGCUGCAAGCUGAACCUGUCAAGUCAGAGGGUCAGUCUGACGAGAUCGCUUCGCCAAUAUUAACAACACUUGAGGAGAAUACUAAGCCAGAGCAUAUUGAAGAACAAGAACUUACCGUUUCUGAGAUUACUAGUCAGCCUAACUUGUCACAGGCUGUAACACAGGCUUCUGAAGAAUCUGACGCUACAGCCAAGUCUGAUCUUUUUGAGGUCAAGCCAGAGGUCACAAGUGAGCCAGAGCCUUCACAAAUUGCAACACAGGCUUUAGAAGAAUUGAACAUUGCAGUAAAAUCUGACCUAUCUGAGGUCAAGCCAGAGGUCACAAGUGAGCCAGAACCAUCACAAAUUGCAACACAGGCUUCAGAAGAAUUGGACAUUGCAGCAAAGUCUUACUUAUUUGAGGUCAAGCCAAAGACCACAAGUGAGCUAGAGGCAUCCCAAACUGCAACACGGGUUUCUGAAGAAUCUGUGGUUAAGCCAGAGGUCACAAGUGAGCUUGAGGCACCCCAAACUGCAACACAGAUUUCUGAAGAAUCAGAGAUCAUAGAAAAGUCUGAUCUGUCUGAGGUCAAGCCAGAGGUUACAAGUGAGCAAGAAGCAUCACAAACCACAACACAGGUUUCUGAAGAAUCUGAGGUCACAGAAAAGUCUGACCUAUCUGAGGUCAAGCCAGAGGUUACAAGUGAGCAAGAAGCAUCACAAACCACAACACAGUUUUCUGAAGAAUCGGAGGUCACAGAAAAGUCUGACCUAUCUGAGGUCAAGCCAGAGGUUACAAGUGAACAAGAAGCAUCACAAACCACAACACAGGUUUCUGAAGAAUCUGAGGUCACAGAAAAGUCUGACCUAUCUGAGGUCAAGCCAGAGGUUACAAGUGAGCAAGAAGCAUCACAAACCACAACACGGGUUUCUAAAGAAUCUGAGGUCACAGAAAAGUCCGACCUAUCUGAGGUCAAGCCAGAGGUUACAAGUGAGCAAGAAGCAUCGCAAACCACAACACAGGUUUCUGAAGAAUCGGAGGUCACAGAAAAGUCCGACCUAUCUGAGGUCAAGCCAGAGGUUACAAGUGAACAAGAAGCAUCACAAACCACAACACAGGUUUCUGAAGAAUCUGAGGUCACAGAAAAGUCUGACCUAUCUGAGGUCAAGCCAGAGGUUACAAGUGAGCAAGAAACAUCACAAACUGCAACACAGGUUUCUGAAGAAUCUGAGGUCACAGAAAAGUCUGACCUGUCUGAGGUCAAGCCUGAGGUCACAAGUCAACCAGACAACUCUCAAGUUUUAGAAGUUGCUCAACCGAGGCCACAAGAAACAUUUGAUUGUGUUGAAACAAGCCCAGGCUCGAUUGGAGAAGACAAGAAAGUUGGUACUAAACCAACAAACAAAUUGAAGAAAAAGUCAUCACCUGCCAAAGCAAAAUCUGAAAAGACUCCCAAAAAAAGAAAACCAUUACCAGAAAAGCCUUGGAAAAAAGGGAAAGGAAAACCCAAACAGACUGGUGGUGAUUUUGGUUUUGAGAUCUUUGCACCAAGUGAGAAGACAUCUCAACCAAGUGAAUCCGACCAAGCCAUUAAAGUCUCUGCUUCUCAAAAAGUUGAUAGUUCUGAAAGCAUAAAACCAGUAGGGAGUAUUCAAGAACCAGUAUUGAAUUAUUUUGAGGAAUUACUGGAUUCAAAAGAAACUAAAUUGAAAGGUAACAUUGGUGUUAACCAGCAGGCACCAAAACCAGUACCAUUGGACGAUAUCCCAAUCUCUGUACCGCAGCCUAAAGACAUUUACAAUAUGGAUCCUAAUGAAAUUGAUAAUCCAUUUGUGAGUUCAAGGAAGAUGCAAAAUUCUCCUCUGCCCAAUAAUGGUGGCUAUGAUUUUGAAAACACAACGGAACUGAUGAGAGAAGAUGAUCCUAAACCUAUCCCACCUGCAACAAACAACAAUACUAGUUCCAAAGUCCAUUUCAGUGAGGAGGAUUCUGCCCCACAAGAAGAAUUCAAACCAGCUGCUGAAGCUGUUUCCAUGACCAACCCUCCAGAUUUAUUCUUAGACAAAGAUCCUGUUUUCCAAGAUUUCCAAUUUGUCACAAACAACCCAGAUUUUCUAGAAUCAGAACCCUCCUUGGGGCUGGAUGAAGACUUUAGUGGUGAAGCUUUUCAGCCUGCUGAUCCCAGUGCAUUUGAUAUUGAUUUUCUUGAAAGGGCUGGAAGUUCAUCUGCAUUCAAAGAGUCAGCACUAGCAAGACAGUCACUGUAUGUAAAAUUUGAUCCCCUCGUGAAAGGUGCUAGUCCUCCAGUUCUAGCAAAAGCUGCUCCUGAAACUAAACAGCCUCUUACAACCUUGGGUGAAGACUCUAUGGAGGGUGAAGAUCUUCUGCAGAUGUCAACACCACCAUCAAAUAAAUCAGCACAGAAUCAUAUUAUUAACUCAGUUAGAAAGACUGAGUCAAGUUCAGACGAUGGUGUGGAUAGAUUAUUACAAUUCAGUCCGUCAGGAAAACAGGUGACAGAAGCCGACCCUUCUCCUCCCCCUCCUCUGCCUAACCUUGAAGAGAGUGGUGAAGAAAUGGUUCAGCCUUUACUGUAUACGCAGUUGGAUCUUAAAAGAGCCCAGGAUGAAUUCAUGCGAGAGGUGCAAAAUGUGAACAAGGAAAAGCAAAGUCUAGAAUGCAAAUUGGAAGAGGUCAAACAAGAAAACAGAGAAAUGAGGACAAUUGUGGAUGAGUUUGAAAAGACAAUUCAGCAAAUGAUAGAGGAUAGUACAAAAGGUAAAAAUGUAACCAAAGACAAUUUAGAUCAGACGAGGAAGGAACGAGAUCAAGCUUUAGAUGAUUUAUCCUCAGUUGAGUCAGCAUUUAGUGAUCUUCACAGGAGAUAUGAAAAGCUGAAAACGGCAGUGGAGGGGUACAAGAAGAACGAAGAAAUUCUUAAGAAUUGUGUAGCUGACGGACACGCUCGACUAAAGAAAAGUGAACAGAAAUAUCACACACUUAAAACCCAUGCUGAAGAAAAGAUUGAAAGGUGA